UAGUGUCUCCUUUCCAAAAGUAUUGAGAGAGAGAGAGAGAGAGAGCAUCAUCGAUGGGCCAGUCACAGGGUGUAUAACACUGAGCAUUGACAAUAUCAGCGAGUUAGGCUUCAGUAAUAAUCAUACAGCCGUUUAAAGUAGAGCCAGAAAGCAUCAGGACAUCCUCCGAACAGCCGCCGGGAGACGGGCUGCAUCAGGACUGCAAUGGAGGAGCAGGCAGAGACAGGCUGGAUGACUGAAUAACAUUGGCCGCCUGCUGAGGAAUAACGCUGAUACUGAUCGCAAUAGCGAGAGAGCUGACUCAGCGGUUUAUACAGCAGAGCUGUGAGAGUGAUUGACCUCCUCAACACUUCUCCAUUAGGGUACUGCGAUAAGACAGCCAUGCCGCCCCCAGCCGACAUCGUGAAGGUGGCUAUUGAAUGGCCUGGUGCCAAUGCUCAGCUUAUAGAGAUGGACCAGAAAAGAGCUUUGUCCUCAAUAAUACGGGAGGUAUGUGAUGGCUGGUCUUUAUCAGGCUCAGAGCAGUUUGCUCUGCGUUAUGCUGAUGGCCCUCAGCUUUAUAUCACUGAGCAGAGCCGUGGUGAAAUCAAGAACGGGACCAUCCUUCGAUUGGCCAUUUCACCUGCUCGUGCUGCUCGUCAGCUGCUGGAAAGGAUCCAAUCUCACGGUAUCGACGCUCGGCUGGAGGCUCUAAAAGAGCUCGCCAAGCUGUCCGCAGACCCAACCUUUGCAGCGGAGUUCAUCAAUAUGGAGGGCAUUGGGACGCUGGCACGUCUUGUCGAGAGCGGCACCCACUUUGGUGAAAUGCUGGCCUUCACUCUCACUGCCUUCCUGGAGCUAAUGGACCACGGCAUUGUGUCCUGGGACCUUAUCUCCCUCUCCUUCAUCAAACAGAUUGCAGGCUAUGUGAACCAGCCCAUGGUGGACGUGUCCAUCCUGCAGCGCUCCCUAGCCAUCCUCGAGAGCAUGGUCCUCAACAGCCACAGCCUCUACCAUCGGGUGGCACAGGAGAUCACCGUGGGACAGCUCAUCGGGCACCUGCAAGUGUCAAACCAGGAGAUCCAAACCUACGCCAUCGCCCUCAUUAAUGCUCUGUUCCUGAAGGCACCAGAGGACAGACGGCAGGAGGAGUAUACUAACCCGCUGGAGCAGCACCUCACUGAAAUGGCGAGCACGUUGGCUCAGAAACACCUGCGAUCCAUCAUCCUCAAUCAUGUUAUCAGAGGAAAUCGACCAAUCAAAGCAGAAAUGGCACAUCAGCUGUAUGUUCUGCAGGUAUUGACCUUCAACCUUUUGGAAGAACGAAUGAUGACCAAAAUGGAUCCCAAUGACCAGGCUCAGAGAGACAUCAUUUUUGAGUUGCGUAGGAUUGCUUUUGAUGGAGAAAAUGACCCCACUGGUACAGAAAAGAGAAAGGCCAUGUACACCAAGGACUACAAGAUGCUGGGGUUCACUAACCAUGUGAAUCCGGCCAUGGACUUCACCCAGACUCCUCCGGGAAUGCUGGCUUUGGAUAACAUGCUGUACCUCGCCAAGGUUCACCAGGACACGUACAUCAGGAUUGUGCUGGAGAACAGCAGCCGCGAGGACAAGCAUGAAUGUCCCUUUGGCCGGUGUGCCAUCGAACUCACUCGAAUGUUGUGCGAGAUCCUCCAGGUCGGAGAGCUGCCAAAUGAGGGCUGCAACGACUACCACCCCAUGUUCUUCACUCAUGACCGAGCAUGGGAGGAGUUCUUCUGCGUCUGCAUCCAGCUGCUUAAUAAAACCUGGAAGGAGAUGAGGGCCACAGCUGAGGACUUCAAUAAGGUGAUGCAGGUGGUCCGUGAGCAGAUCACCAGGGCUCUGGCGAUGAAGCCGUCGUCUUUAGACCAGCUGAAGAAUAAACUGCGAGGCCUCAACUAUUCAGAGAUUCUGCGUCUGCGGCAGUCAGAGAGAAUGAGCCAGGACGACUUCCAGUCUCCUCCCAUCAUUGAGCUGCGGGAGAGAAUUCAGCCCGAGAUUUUAGAGCUCAUCAAGCAACAGCGACUCAACCGCCUGUGUGAGGGGAGCUGUUUCCGCAAGCUGGGGAACCGCCGAAGGCAGGAGAAGUUUUGGUUCUGCAGACUCUCACUGAAUCACAAAGUGCUGCACUAUGGAGACCUCGAUGAGUCACCACAGGGUGAAGUGCCUUUUGAGCUACUCAGUGACAAGAUCCCCGUCUCUGACAUCAAGUCUGUGGUGACCGGGAAGGACUGCCCUCACAUGAAAGAAAAAAGUGCUCUGAAACAAAACAAGGAGGUGCUGGAGUUAGCCUUCUCUGUCCUCUAUGAUCCCGAUGAGACGCUCAAUUUUGUUGCACCCAACAAGUAUGAGUACUGCAUCUGGACUGACGGGCUGUGUGCGUUGCUGGGCAGAGAGAUGGGCAGUGACCUGACGCGCAGUGACCUGGAUACUCUCAUCAGCAUGGAGAUGAAGCUCCGCCUCCUCGACCUUGAGAACAUCACAAUCCCAGAAGCCCCGCCCCCCGUGCCAAAGGAGCCUAGCUCGUAUAACUUCACCUACAACUACAGCUGAGAUGUGUGUGUGUCUGUGUUUGCAGUGCAUGCGUGUGUGUGUGUGUGUGUGUGUGUGUGUUUAUUAAGGAGGAGUAUACUCAAUCUUUUGAUGCAGAUGUGAGCACCGGAAGUCUUUUUUUUUUUUUUUUUUUUUUUACUUUUCAGAAGCCUGGAGCCUUCUCUCCAUCAGUGUUUGUGAUGCUGUAUGGCUCGUCAAAUAGGAGAAAUGUGUUAAUAGCUUCACAGGGAGUUUAGAGGUCAGGGUCCAUUACGGAGCAGCUGGUCUGGAUUCAGUGAGUGAAUCUCAUUCAUCAGUGCCGUCUCCACACUGUUCGCUAUUUAAAGGUAUAAACUUGCCUGUAAAGUGAAGGAAUGCUGUACUUGAUGGGGAAUAUGGAUGAGAAGCUUUACAAAUCUGCGAAUUUAAUCGAGUAUAUUUGAGUGAAAUUGUGGCUUUAAUGGUCAAUCAAAGCAUGUGUGUGUGGUCUCCAUGGCAACAGAAGAUGCAGCGGCUACCAUUCCAGUUUUAAUACGGUGUUCACUUUGAUCCGGUCCCUCCAGACGAACAAACGGUGUAAUGUCACACAAAGUAGAGUGAGUGGGCCGAGAGCUUGCACAAUCACAGUCCUGAAAUGAGAUUCAGACAGUGUCCUGCUCAAGGUCACUUCAGUAGGAGGGAUAGUUGAUGUCAGGGGGGGGGGGAUCCAAUAUGACUCCCAAGUCAGUACGUCGUCCUGCUGCCCAUCAAGUUCUCAUAAAUGUUAAGAUAUCUUACCUGCAGUUCGGUAUUAAAAAAUAAAUGUGCUGAAAUUCAGUGAUGAAGAGAGCCAGAAACGUAAUCUUAAAGAUCAACCUAUUCCUUCCUAGCAGAGGAAAUGAAACGCAGUGAAAUUUAGACUCUGCAUUUAACCCAUCCUAGUGUUGGGUGCAGACGAGGUGUCAUUUUAUCAUGUCUAUCGGACUGGGACACAAAAGCCGAGGGCUGAAACUAAAAAUAAUUUUCAUGAAUGUGAUCUUCUUUUUCAUUUGAUCUAUGAAUUAACAUAAAUUAGUAGAAAUUCCCCAGAAGUUACGUUCUCAAGUUAACGUGUUUAAAUAACUUGUGUUUACUUUUUUUUAAAGGCAAAGAAAACCAGCAAAUAGUCAUAUUUGAGAAGCUGGAACCAGUGAAUUUAGCUUUUUCUUUUCUUUAAAAUAAUUACAUAAGCGAAUAAGUGUUUGCCAACAUCUUUGCAGAUUUAUUGCCUGUCCAUCAACUUAUCAAUUAUUACUCUUAACGUUUCAGCUGCAAAAAGGUGGUGCUGUCAGCAUGUAUCUUUUACCGGCUUGUCUUUACUCAACAUUCAUGCUGCUUUAGAUCGUUUGACUCACUUCUCUCCCCAGACUGACACCUUCUCAUAGCCUGUUAAACAGCGGGAGUAAAUGUACCCCAUUGAAUUGAAACUGUUCAAGUAAGUGGCGUGAAGAUACCCGUGCCUACGUUAUGUGUCUGGUUACUGUGAGUGUGUAUUUGUGUGUGUGCAGAUUUUGAGAUUGAGUGCAAGUUGUUUAUGUUGAGAGAUGUAAGGAAUGAUCUAAAUAUUCCAUGAGCGUCACGCUGGGCCAAAGCUCUAAUAUCCAACACAUUAAAAAAUAUGAAUUACCUUUUUUUAAUUAUUAAUCAUCGUCUCUGCAUUGCCUUUUUACCCAAAGUCAAAAUAUAUGUUGAGUUACAUUAGCAUGAAUGGUUUAUAAGACUUUAUAUACUAUACUAUAAUGACUUCCCCUAUGACACAUUCAUAACUAGUGUAUAAACAGUUAAUGUUUGAUAACAGUGAACCAGUUGAAAUAAUAUAUAAUCAUAUAUCUUCAAUAGUUAAACAGUCACACAGCAGGAUUACAACUAUUUAUAUGUGUAUUUAAAAUAUCAUUAUGUAUGGUUACAAUUUAUACUUUGUUAUUAAACAUUGAUUAACUGUUAAUACACCAGUUAUGAACGUUUCAUAAGAAGAGUAACACUUGUUAACAAAGACAUUAAUAAACACAUAACAAGGUCUGCUACAACUGCAGUACAGUGUCUUAUAAAGCAUUUAUUAAUUGUUUAUGCUGCCUAUUAAUGUAAAAUUAGGUGUAAUGUGUUGCCAUCUUUGGAAAGAUUAUAAUUAUUGGGGUUUCUUUUCAGUAAAACAAACUUAGAUUUGAGUUAAUUGGCAGUUUUGAGGUUUGAUUUCAGACUUUUUUUUUGUCACUGCACAGUCAAAGGGGACCAAAGAGCAGCUCUGUUGGCCUGUUGUAGAAGCACGCCCCUCAAAUGAAUAGGAGCAGGUCAAAAACAGCUGAGUAACAUGACUGGGCAUCAGGAACAUCUAGUUCUGCUCAUGUGAGCAGGCGGUAUUCUGUGCUUCGUAUACAAAAUAUAAAUUAUAGUACUAUUGCUUUGAUUUUAAUUUUUCUUAUUUCGAUGUUGUUUUAUGUAUUUUAUUCAUGUCAUUUAAUGUCCUGUCAAAACGUACUAAUCACUACUGUCCCUUGUUAAUGCAGAAUAUAAUUAUAUUUUUGUAAAUGAUUGUACAAUCUUAUCAGCUGUGAAGAGAAUGGGUAUCGAGCUAACAGCAUUUUCACUUUGCCUCACUCUGUACAGUACGUUCAGCUCGCUCGUUACUGUGGAAGGACAUUUCACACUGAACAAAAACUGUUUUUAGUCUUCACAUUUUUUAUUGUCACAACCACAUUUUCAUACUACAAGCACCUCAUAUUGUUUAGGAAUGAGACCCACUCCAGCACCUAAUGAUGUCAGUGUUAAUGUAUCUUAUAAUGCUAAUGGAAAUAAUGAAAAUUGCCAUUACGCUUGAUGUUUAUGAAAAGGAGUAUAUUUGAAAUUAGUAUUUUCUUUUUUUUUUUAUAUAAUGUUUUUGCUGUUUGAGUUUUAAGUGAUGUUGGAAGUUGUAAAGGUUCCCUGUGGAGUUUUAGACCUUGAUUAGUGCUGUGGAGCCAUCUUUUUUCAGUCCCUUUUUAGUUUUUCUUGUGCACGCAAACGAGGACACACAUGCGGUACACUGAAGAAGACGGCAAGCUAUUAAACAAACGGUACUGGAUUUUAAAAACGACUUUAAAAUGUUUUUAGACCUCGAAGAUAUACACAUUUUAGUGAGCAAAACUGAAUGUAAACAUAACUUUUGAAAUCUCCACAGGGCCCCUUGAAGGUUAUUUUAUAUUCCAGCAAGUUAUUGAACUGCAGCUAAAAUAUAUCAAUAACUACAAAAUACUACAAUGAGUAAUGGAUUGUUGCAUUGGAUGUUCUAACAGUAUGACUUGAAGUUUCGCAUAUGGUACUCUUUUACAUGACUUGCUAAACUAUUUAUUUACACUUGCUAGUGAUAGUAAAGAAUGACUUGAUGUUAGAUAAGAAAUAACAACAUCAAAUCUAAAUAUGGUAUACAUAUAGAUCAUUGUAUGUAUAUACAGUAUUGUGUUGCCUUAUUGAAGAAAAUGUAUUAUGUUUUGUGUGAAUAAAUACAGAGUCUAACUACU